GUACCGUAGAAAAGAUUUGGACCGAUGUAAACACGCACAUUAUACUACACCCCCCUUUACAAUUUCCUGUGAUCUGGGACGGCCUGUGCGUAAAACCCGGAGUUCCCGUCGACAGGAGUGAGUGCGGCACGACUUCCCCUCUGGUGGACUUACUUCUGAGUAAUCAGAGAGCGAAGGAGAUCGUUUAUAAGGAGCUGCACUGGCUCGGUGAAUUUCACUUUAGGAAGUGACGGCUGCCCCCGAAUAGCAGAAUGAAGACUCUAGUUCUGACAGUGGCCUUGCUGUGCCUGUCAAAAUGCAUCGCUGGACCUCUCACCCCAACUAUAAGACUACAUGCCAAACGAGGGUCCACUCUCCAGCUGGGUGAUAUUAUUAAUGAGUUUGCGCUGGAUAUGUCCGAGGUCCUCUGGAGGGAACCGGGCAAUGUUGCCUUUUCCCCUCUGAGCAUCGCGUCCUUAAUGUCCCUGGUGAUGAGCGGCAGCUCAGGCACGACCUACACACAGCUGAGGAACGCCCUGCUCUACUCUGCAAGUACCCCAGACAUCAUGAUCCACAGCAACUACAGAAACGUCUUGCAAUCUUUGGCAAGGCUGAACAACGACGUCACCGUCAACGUAGCUACUAGACUAUUCUUAGCCUCUGGUGCCAACAUCCUGUCCAACUUUACCAGACUGGCCCAGGAGCAUUAUGGUUCCUCAGUGCGUGUGCUCAGUUUCCGAGAUGACCCCUUCGGAUCGAUGGAAGCUGUGAACCAGUGGGUGAGGAGUGAAACCAACGGGAAAAUCCCCCAGCUUAUCACCCAUCCGUUCGAUGCGCAGACGUCCUUCGUAGCGACAAAUACAGUCUACUUCAAAGGCGCUUGGGAACACCCAUUUGACCCCCAGCAGACUCAAGACGGUAUUUUUAACACCGGCUCCUCCAACAUCACAGUGCCCAUGAUGCGCAGCAUCAUGACAGUCCCAUUCGUCGAAAUGCGCGAACUGAAUGCCGAAAUGAUCGCCCUCCCGUACAAGGGGUACGAAUACGGCAUGCUGCUCAUUAGGCCUAAUGGCCCCGUGGACGACUCGACUCUGCAAGAAGUCGAGUUCGGCCUCGACGCCCCAACGCUCAACAGGUACAUCGGGGAGAUGACCAACUCGACCAGGAUCGUAACCCUGCCCAGGAUGAGGCUGAACUUCAAGACCUACCUGAAGAACGCGCUGACUAGUCUGAAUGUGGUCGACAUGUUCAAUCCUUCCAGUGCGGAUUUCAGCAGGCUCACCGCUAACAAGCAAGUUUGGGUUGAUAACGUCAUCCACCAGACUGUGGUUGAAGUCAAUGAGUCUGGGACAGAGGCUGCUGCAUCCACCUCCAUCUCUUUCAACCGCAUUGGGACUUCCAGGACCUUCGAGGUGAACAGACCUUCCAUCUUCAUCAUCAGGCACAUGAGGACGGGCGUCCCUCUCUUCUGGGGAAGGAUAAUGAGCCCUGAUCCUCUGGAGACUUCUGGAUUUUAAUGGCAUACAUAGUGCAUUCAUACAUACAUAGGCCUACAUAUACGUAGGUAUGUAUGUAUGACGGAGCAAAUUGCAUUUGAUUACUUUCCGUGUUAUGAUCUGAUUGUUGAUUGAGAGUGUGAAAGGUAUUUUAUAUAUAUAUAUAUAUAUAUAUAUAUAUAUAUAUAUAUAUAUAUAUAUUACAUAUAUAUAUACAUAUAUAUACAUAUAUAUAGUCAUAUACUUAUGUUUCUCUGUAACUAUAUAACUAAGAGAGUUAUUCCUAUAUACUAUUUUCUCUAGUCAGACCAAUUUCCCAUUGAAGUCGACAUAUCAGAGCUAGUCUGUGAUAUCUUUCAAAUUCAAAUCAUUUCUAUUGUAUGAAAGAGUAAUUCGUAAUAUUCAGUUAACGGCACACUUGAGAAAUUCAGUGAAAGCCUUCAGUUCGACCGCAUUCAUCAGUUGAUUUGGAACCUGAAUAUUCAAGAGAUUUUUAAUGUUAAAUGACGUUAUUUUUCAUCCAAUGUGUGUGUGUAGUGUAUUUUUCACGUUCAAAUUGCCUCGUAUAUUUGGAAGUUUUUGCAAUGUGCAUAUCUCGAAGUGACUAAAGCUUGAUUAUCUUUUAUUGUACAGCAUUGCAACAUGUACAAAGUUUACUUGUAACAGCUCAUCCUGAAGAGAGAUUAUGCCAUUGUUCUUAAGCACGUUCACUGUUAUUUCUGGUAUAAGAAUAAAAUGUCGGUGUCCUUCACUCGAUGAGGAAGAAGGAGGCUUACUCCUCCAUGGUAUGAUAAGCACGAACGAACUCGUCCACAGCUAGUGGCCGUGCAGUUCGUACACUACAAUUACUCUUGUGCACUAGAGGCAGCGCCUGUUUUAAUGUUAAGGGUAAAGAUAGCUUAUUUUUAAAAUGCUAUGCUCCAUUUAUCCGUGUAUAAAUGUGUAAUUUAUUUUACCUUUGCAUUGUGUAUCGCAAACUUUUUUUUUAUUUGAAAGUUGAAGGAACAUGCGAAUAAAAUGUUCAUUCAUUUAU